CAUCAUGUAAACACCUGUGAAAAUUCAUCUUACCUAGUGCCAGGGCUUUAUGGAAUAAUCAAGGAGUGGAUGUUAAAAUAGUGAAGAAAGAAUCAGAAAAUGGCAUAAUUAUUCCAACUAUCCAUCAUCCCUAGGACUUAAAAUCAUGUGUUGAAAUUGGAUGUCUGAGUUGCUGUUGCUACGAUUUGAGUUCAGUGGAUGAAUUUGUGUACAUGCCCAAUACCUUUAUGGUGUUCGACAUACAUAUGGUAUAACAUUGGAGUAAAAAUUAAUCCUUUCACCAUGGCAGUGUAUAUACUCAAUAGCCUAAUGGUAUUUGACAUACAUUAUGUAACAUUGCAGAUAUUAAAAUUUCAUUGAAAUUGGUCUCAGAAAUAAAUCAUUUCACCAUGGCAAUGACUGCUCCCCAUAGAAACAGUCUACAGAGAUGUCGUGUGGCUCUUGAACAAGACCUCCAACCAGACAGUCUCUUCUCAUAUCUGAUACAAGAGAGCGUGUUAGCAGUAGACACGGUGGAUGAAAUCAAGCUGGAAGGAACACGCUUGAAGAAAAGUCAGAAGUUAUUGGACAUUCUUCCCACUUUCGGUGACCAUGCUUUCCAUGUGUUCUGUUUGGCUCUGGGUGAGACGGGACAGGGGUUCUUGUCAGAUUUGAUUCAACAGGAUGUCCUGGAGAGUUCUCAGGAUGUAGCUUCUCCAUACCAGGGGAGAGAAAAUCUAGUGAAGAUUUUAGCAGAAGAACUGAAACAUUAUUACUUGGAAACCCUAUCCCGUGUGUACCCCAUUCCUUGGUGUGACUGGCUUGAGGUAGACCUACAGCAUAUUUUCACCAACCUGGUCAUUGAGGAAACAAAUAGGUAAGUAUAUAUGUGUUUUGACACCUGUAAAAUUGCUGACUCAUGUUCACAGUUUUACAUUACAAAUGGACAGUAGAUGUUACAAAUAUUUUUUAAAAAAAUGAGAAACUUUUUUAAUAUAUUGUAUAAUAAACUUGUUUAAUAUAAAUAUGAACUGCAUAUUAACUAGCCACCUUAUAAUUUGAAUUAUUGUCUCAUUCAAAUCCUAUGGAAUAGAUUUUUUAUUUGGGCCUAAGUUAAAUUUAAUGUGAACAUUGCCUCAAUGGAAUCUUUGUAUAACUGGCACAAAAUGUUUGAUCCCAUAGUCAUAGUGUCCAAGUUUUGCAAAG